AUGGUAAGACAUAACAAUCAGUUACCAGAUAAUCUUCCACAAUUGCAGAAUCUUAUUAAACGUGAUUCGGAGUCUUACAAAGAAGAGUUUCUUCAGCAACAUCUGCAUUAUAAGUCUACUCUAGAAGUUUUUCGUCUGGAGCCUACACAAUUUAACAAAAGUCUCGAUGAGCUAGUAACCUUCUUGGCUCAGGUUGCUCAUUGUUAUCCAAAUGAUUUGAAAACAUAUCCUCAAGAGAUUAUCGAUAUAUUACAAACUCAUAACAUCAUACUAGACAAUGAAAUGCGAAUGACAUUUUGUAAAGCGUUGAUUCAACUACGCAACAAAUCUCUCUUAGAACCUACUGCACUUCUCAGUUUAUUUUUUGAACUUUUAAGAUGUCAAGAUAAAAUCUUGAGACAAUUCCUCCAAACUCAUGUUGUCACAGAUAUUAAAAAUAUUAACGCAAAGCAUAAAAAUGCCAAAGUUAAUACAGUGUUACAAAAUUUUAUGUUCUCUAUGUUAAAAGAUCCUAAUGUCAGAGCCGCGAAGAUGUCUGUGGAUAUUAUGAUAGAAUUGUAUAAUAAAAAUGUUUGGAACGACGUCAAGACUGUCAAUGUUAUAGCAACAGGUUGCUUUUCAAAAAUAACAAAAGUAAUGGUUGCUAGUUUGAAAUUUUUUUUGGGAACUCAUUUGGAAGAAAAAGAAAGUGAUGACAGUGAUUCAGAUGAUGAGCCAAGUAUGAAGGAAAUUAUGAUGGCUAAUAAAGUAAACAAAAAAACGAAGAAACGUCAGAAGCAAUUAAAAAAAGCUAAACAAUCAUUCGUAAAAGCUAAAAAGAAGAAAUCUAAAGCGCCGCAAUAUAAUUUUUCAGCAUUGCAUCUAAUUCACGAUCCACAAAAUUUUGCUGAAAAAUUAUUCAAGCAGAUAGAAAAAAAUAAUGAUAGAUUUGAAGUAAAACUUAUGACUCUGGAUGUUGUGUCUAGACUUAUUGGCUUGCACAGUUUAUUUCUCUUGAACUUUUAUCCGUAUAUACAAAGGUUCAUUCAGCCUCAUCAACGAGAGGUUACGAAACUUUUACAAUUUGUAGCUCAGGCUUCACAUGAAUUAGUACCACCUGAUAUGUUAGAACCCGUUUUAAAGACAUUGGCAAACAAUUUCAUAACGGAAAGAAAUUCUGCGGAUGUGAUGGCUAUCGGUUUAAAUACUGUACGCGAAAUAUGUACACGAUGUCCAUUGGCCAUGAAUGAGGAUCUACUUGAGGAUUUAACACGCUACAAGCAUUAUAAGGAACGUUCCGUUAUGAUGGCAGCGCAUUCUUUAAUUGGAACGUUCAGGCGUAUAAUGCCCGACUUAUUACGUAAAAAAGACAAAGGCCGUCCUACAGAAGCUAAUGUUAUGAUAAAGUCUUCCAAAUAUGGUGAAAUUCGAGCAAGCGAGUUUGUUUAUAUAAAUAUAUUCAAUUAUUAUACCAAUUAUAUAUUUAUUUUUGAUAAAAAUUAUAUAAAAAUCUAUUCAAAUAUGGAUGAUGACGAGUGGAUCGAUGUAAGUGAAAACAAUGAGGAGGAAAUCGGUGACGAGGAAAUCAGCGACGAAGAAAUCAGCGACGAAGAAAUCAAUGACGAGGAAAUCAGGGACGAGGAAAUCGACGAGAACGAGUUGACUAGUGAAUCGACGAAAUCUUCCAUUAGUGAAAAUAAGAAUGAUAAAACUUUGAUGUUAUCACAUAGUGAGAAUAAUAGUGCGCAGAAUACUUGUGAAGUGGAUAGCGGAGAACAAAAAACAAAUAAAGUUUCGCAAAAGAAAAACGCUUUAACAAAGCAAGAAAAGAAGGCACAAAAAUUAGAGAAGAAAGCAAAAUUUAAAUUUGAAAAAAAUGAAGAAUUAACGGCUGAGAGAAAAACAAAGGCAUCUGUGAUAUCUACAGAAAGAUUACUCACGGAUAAGGAUUUCAGAAAAAUUGAUGUCGCAUUAGCAAAGCAAGACGUAACAUACAUUAAACGUAGCGUUAAGAGAACGCACGAUCUAAUAGAGACAGAUAAAGGUGGAGAAUUGGUAAAACUUAGCGAUAUAGAAAACAUAUAUAAGAAACGCAAGCAUGAUAAGGCUGCCCGACAGAAAUCUGUUAAGAAGGGGCAGGAAGAACGAGACAAAUUCGGUUUUAAGGAUCGGCGACAAAAUCCAUUAUGCAGUACCACAAAUCGUGAGAAGAGAAAAGGAAAAGCAUUUUCAAUGUUAAAGCAGAAAUUAAGAACAAAAGUAAAGCGAUCUUUUAGAGAGAAACAAAUAGCUCUUAAAAAUCAUCUGAUAAAGCAAAAAAGAAUGAAGUAAUUGGUAUUGUAAUUAAUUUUUACUCCACAUUUUUCUUAA